CCGAGUGACAGAGAGAGAGACAGAGAGAGAGGCAGACACAGAGUGGGUUUCCAACGGCAGGGAGCUGGUUGUACUGGGCGGGGGUUUGUCGGUCGGUGGACGGGUUUUUUUUUUUUUUUUUUUUUGCGGGCGUGAAGGCAUGUCGGUAAUCGGCUCAGUAAUGAGGAGAGGUACUGAACGGCACCAAAUAUCUGACCCCGAUUCCUGGGAGUAAAGAGAGGCAGAAAGAGGGGAGGAAAGUGUAUGAGAGAGGGAGACAGAGGGGAGAAAAAAAGAGGGAGAGAGGGCCAUGUGAAAAAGGGGUGGAGGGGAGCUGAGAUUUAGUGCUCUGCUGGAUGAAACAACCCCCCACUAACUAACGGAGAGGGAAAGUAGCCUUAUAGGAAGAAAAGAGGGGGUGUACUGUUCAUUUAACUCUCACAGGAAGCCAUUAUCGUGUCCCACAAUGAGAUCUGAAAAGAUUGUUGCUGUUAGCUGUAGAGUUUAAGCCUGGACAACAGGAGGAGAAGACAGCACGAGUGUACAUGGUGACAGGACACAACCGAGAGAAGAAAAAUGUCUAGAACAGAAGAGGUCAACAAGAUGACAGAAAAUGUCUAUAAGGGCAUUCUGGACCAGUUCAACCCCAGCCUGAAAAACUUUGUAACCAUGGGGAAACACUAUGAAAAAGCCCUGACAGGAGUAACUGUGGCAGCCAAAGGGUACUUUGAUGCUCUGGUGAAACUCGGAGAGCUGGCAAGCGACAGCCAAGGCUCCAAAGAGCUGGGAGACACACUGUUUCAGAUGGCCGAGGUCCACAGACAGAUUCAAGUGCAACUGGAAGAUGUGUUGAAGCUGUUUCACUCUGAGCUGCUCGCCCAGUUGGAGCAGAAGCUGGAACUGGAUAUUAAAUACCUUACAGCCACCCUAAAGAAAUAUCAGAGUGAGCGGAGGUCUAAAUCUGAGUCUAUCGAGCGCUGCCAGUCCCAGCUGAAGAAGCUCCGCAGAAAGAGUCAGGGCAGUCGUCACCCGAACAAAUACGGAGACAGAGAGAUGCAGUUUGUGGAGCUGAUGAGUCGUCGCCAAGGCGAGCUGGACGCUCUGGUCGCCACGGGUUACAAGUCUGCCCUCACCGAGGAAAGGAGACGAUAUUGCUUCCUGGUGGACAGACAGUGCUGUGUUACCAAACUGCUCAUCAACUACCACUCCAAGGUGAGAGAGCUUCUGUCGCAGAAACUGUCAUCCUGGCAGCAGUCAUGUUCUCAGCCCACGAAGCUCCCAGAGCGCGCUCUGAAUCUGCUGCGUCACACUGCGCCUCAAAGCUCAGGGGCUGCUGGGGUUGCCGAAGUCCUCCGCCACACCAAGCUCAGCUCUGCUCAGCCAGAACAGAGACUCUCUGUUCAAGAAGUCCCUCCUCUGUUAAAUGGAGACUCCAAUCGCUCCCAGCAGCAGCGCUCGCUCCCCUCCUCCUCCUCUCAAAGUGAAACCGGUCCUCCUCAGGGGUCCCCUCAGACUUUCCGUUCUCUUGCCACCGGAGGAGCUGCUGGAGGUUCAUCACGAGGAGCGUCUCCUCAGCACACCAGCACACCCCUCAGUGCAUCAGCCAGCCCCAUCCCUGACAGCAGCGCCAGUGGCAGCACCAGCCCUGCUGCAUCCACUCCUACUACAUCCAACAACUCGACCCAGCAGAGCUCUGUCCUCCUGGCCACCAACACAUUCAACCUCUCCCCGUGCCUCAUCCCCUCCACGGUGAUGUCGCUCAGCCAGAUUUCCCCGGCCAGUGGGUCCUUGCAUGGCAUGACCCUCCCCAUCCCUCAUAGUGCUCCACACAGUCCUCCACUGCCCCACAGUGCUCCUCUCUCCAGGGCCAUGACUCCUGUGCAGUUACUGCACCAACAGGUGGGACCAGGAGGGAGCAAUGCUUCAUCACCGUCACAUAAUCCCUGGCUGCUGAGGGCCGCUGAGUUGUCUGCAACAGCAACACUUCCACUGCCAAGGAGACCAGUCAGCGAAAUGAGGCUGGGCGGCUUUCAGGGCUCCAGUCUCCCCAGGAUGUUGCCUUUAUCUGGACCUACACGUGUGGAAGCCAUGUUCACUCACACUCCUGGAGCAGCAGAGAGCGGCGGGGGUGGUGCUUGCUUACUGCACUUUGUGCCUGGUGACGAAAUCACCCUGCUCAUCUCUGAACCCAGAGACGGGUGGCACUAUGGUCAAAAUGAACGAACUGGACGGAAAGGCUGGUUCCCUUUCUCCUACACUCAGCCUCACCACAGUAGGACGGAUCACCUCGAGAGCUCUCUCUUCUUAUCUAAGGCUAACAGCACCAGUACGGGACAGCUCGACAAGCUGGUGUCUCCAGGUUUCCCAGCCCUCACCCCUGAAUCAGAGGAGGAGCACUCCCUUCCUCCCCAGAGGGUCAGCACCUUCCGCCCACGCCCAUACAGCAUGGCCGACAGCAACAAGAUCACCUCAGACCUGGCUUCUCCACCACCCUCCCCAACCAGGCUCAAUCCGUUUGCCCACGUCCGACUCAGAAGAACUGUCACGAAUGAUCGCUCAGCUCCUAUCAUCGAGUAAGCGUUUUAUUCCCACAGCAGCAACAGUCCUGUUGUCUGUGGUUUGCCUGUCCAUCAAACCUCAGGUUGAAUCCUGGAAAAAGCCCAUUGGUUCAUGUUGAUUCUUUUAAAUUGUAAUGUUUUUUUGUUUUUUUUGCAAGUUAAUCAAAUACAGAUCGUGUUUCAUGUGCAGUCAAAGUAUAAAAGGUUAAUGUGUAAAGGCUGAUCUGUUAUCUGAUAUGAUAUGAUUACAGCCCAUUAGAUUUUAAAGUAGUUAAUAGGAAAAGAGUAGAAAGAAGACCACUAUAAUAUCUGCAGAUUAUCUUUGAGUGAAACGUAGGCAUUGAAAUAAAAACUAGCUUUUAUUAAACAGAUGUAAGGUGUUAGGCUGUACUUAACUUAGUGUUUAAAGUUGAGAUACUGUAUCUUGCUCGUCCACAAUAACUAACAUUUUUAAUUUUUUCCUCUCCUAUGAAAGAUGCCUCUUAUUCUCUUACUGUACUGUACUGUUGUGCAAUGUUUUCUUGAUAUAACUCUUAAUCUAGUUUUUUGUUGUUUUUUGUGUGCCAUAUUCAGUAUUAAGUUUUCUUUUGCUGAUCUAGGGACUGGCUCCUAAUAGCAGGUUGUGAACUUUCACUUUCACUGUAAUGAAGUUGUUAUGGAAAGAGGACAGGCUCCUACUCUAAAAGUGAUAUUACAAUAUUAUAUUUUUUAGGAAAGCUGCCAGAUUGUUAAAUUUCCUUGGUUUCAAUGAAGGUGAACUUUUAAAUUUAUUCAAAGUGUCUUUUUUAUUUUAAAAUGUGGUUGUUUGGUUGAGAGAGACUUAUUUUAAUGAGAUCGGCACAGUAAAUGCCAUUUUUACCUUAAAAUUCUUGAACGUGGGCAAUGCUGUCAGUUAUAUCUCAUGUUUAUGCCAGUUAACGUGACACAUUCUGCUGCUGUAAAGUUACAUAUUUUAUGAAUGUAGAUUUUUGGAUUAGUAUGACGCUUUACCUGGACUCAAACUACACUGUAAAAACAAAUUCUAACUUAAAUUUGAUUAUUCAAAUGAUUGAUCAAUGAGACAAAGACACAGAAAAGCUCACGAGCUUCACAGACGCAAACUGACAGUUAAUAGUUGAAUGUUGAUAUUAUUGAAAGGAGAGUUUUUUUUAGAAAGUAGCAAGCUGUGGAGGGUUCAAAGUGUUAAUGAAGAGAAUGGAGAGAUUUGCAUGCUUAGUCUUUGGAAUUGAAAUCUUCUUGACUCCUUUUCAGUCCCAAAUCUAAAGCUAGACAACAUCUAGGCUAGUUGAUUGUAGCCGCAUUGUUUACCAAUCAAACUGAGCAGAAUCUUUAAGAGAGAAGUGAAAGCCAAGACAGACGAUGAGAUUAAGUUUUAAUGGGGAAAUGUAUUCAUGAAAGUGAUGAAGAAAGCAUACAGGAAGUUGACCAACGUCUGAGCAAGUGUUCAUGGUAAACUAGAGAUAUCCAAAGUAAUACUCUACUGUAGCUCUCACCUCUAGAAAACUGUGGUUUGAAGGUGAAACACUGUAUCUGUGCAAACUGAAAUGUUCCUGUUGUAAUCGCUUUGAGUUUCUGUGAUCUUUUAGGACCUUUGAAGAUUGAAGUUAUCAGCUACAAGGGUUGUCGUAAAUCAUCUAACAGCAUAAUAUUAUUACUUUGAGUAGAACGGCACCGUUUGUAAAGGUGACGGCAAAAUGAUAGAGCUAAUGCUUAUUCAUGCUUGUAAAUAGUGCUUAAAACAUGUGUGAUUGUAUGACUUUUAUUUGACUUGCUUUUCAUCAUGAUAUUUUACUUUGGUAGAACAUUUUGACUUGGUACACGCUGUAAAGCUCCAAUACUGGAAACCCUGCACAUCUGUCUGUAAAACUGAACAGGAAAUAAGACCUCUGACACGUAUGACAUAUUCAACUACUUUCACACAAGCACAAUAACUGGUGACUGUUGUUGACCAGUAUUAAUGAACCAUAAAGUAUAAAAUAGAUAAAGACAUGCACUGAGUUUGGAAGUGGUCUUUUUGUGCCUUUGGAGUGCAUUAAUGAAAAGUGUACGAUGAAGUGGUGGUGCAGUGGUUUGCGCUGUGAUCCUCGGCUGUGGAGUUUGUAAAUUCUCUGCGUGCCUGUGUGGGUUUUCUCCGGGUACUCCGGCUUCCUCCCACAGUCCAGAUGUGCACUUAAUAGGUUAUUUGGUGAAUCUAAAUUGCCCAUAGGUACAGAAAAUGGAUGGAAUGAUGUAGUAUGUCAAAUACAUAGGAAUUUAUCUGAGGUGUGAAUUUGGUUGUAAGAAAUACAUGGGAUGUUUAUUUAAAAUAUAAAUAUUAUACAUAUAUUUAUAUGUAUAAUAUAAUAUAUAUAUAUAUAAAUAUUAUACAUAUGUAUAACAAGAAGUGUGUGGCAAAAUGAAUACACACAUUUACAGCUCAUCUGCAGGAUAUUCUAGUUCAAGUACACUGUUUGUGUAGCUCUUUAAAAGAUACUUGGCUACAGGUUGGUUGUAGGAACGCUGCCACUAAAAACAGGAACUUAUCCAAAGUCCAAAACUGUUCUUCCAAAGUGAAAUAUUGUUUUACCAUUGCACACAGUUCUUUGGUUCUGUACAAAAAUAUGAAGCAACGCAAACAGACAGUCAGUCUGUUUUCUGAGUUGUGAACAUGUAAUCUUGGUGACUGCAGAAGAUAUUAUAUUAUGACGAUGAAUACUGCUGAGGAAGACAUUCUUUACCUGAAACACUGAAUAUUGACGUGUUGUGAAAUAAAAGUUCUAUAAAGGAAA